AUGAUGUAUUCGUAUGUGAGCCGUGAGGUGACGAACCCUCCAGUGUUCCGAAAAGUGGAAGGCUGUUUGACGAGUGGCGCGGUCUGGCAGACACUAUGGUCGGAGUUAAACGCAGAAAAGUUGUCGGUCACUCGCCGCAGUGAAGUUCGCGGCCAUGUUGCUUUAUAUAUAAGCAGAGACGAACGACUUCUAUCGUCAGAGGUGCUCGAGCGCGUUUGCGUACCGAACUCGCCGCAUGGCGAACACACACACGUCUUCAUAUGCGUUCCAUCGCGCAAUGAUCACAACUGUAAAGCCCUUACUUCUAUAAGUCUAAUUUUAAAUUCAAGCAAAACAAAACAAGCAUCGUACGGACGGCUCAACCAUACACCUCGCCUUACAUUUUUGACGGUUUUUUUUUUCUCGAUCUCGAGGACGUUUUGUUUACAGUGCAUUACCCUUUACCAUUACGCCUGCACGCGGGUAAAACGUGUAAAAUCAUGA